AUGGAUGCUAAGUAUGUCACUGCCAAGCAUCGCCAAGAGCAACUCCGAAGGCUCUAUGAAUUGAAGCAGGGUUCUAAGACCGUAGAAGAGUCCUAUGAUGAGUUUGAGAAAGCAAGAAUGGCUCUUGAUCUUGAAAAAGGCGAGGAGCAUCUUAUCAUCCGAUUCAAAGCUGGGUUGAACCGAGAAAUAUCAUCUCAAUUGAGGUUACUCACUUACUAUACUCUUGAUGAGGUGUUCCAAGCGGCUAUAGAGGCAGAAAAAAGGGGUCAAGGAGGACAAGACAUUCAGAUCAAGAGGAAGGGAUAUGGGCAUAUGGCCAAAGAGUGUCCUACUCGGAGGACCAUGCUUAUUCUUGAUGAUGGCACUGUUCAAGAACAAGAAAGUGAACCAGAAGAUAGAAAUGAAAAAGAACUUAAUCAUGAUCUUGAGAAGCCGGAAGGAGAAGAGCAGGAUGAUCUGCCCGAAAUGUUUCUUGUGGUGUGGAGAAACUUGAGCACAAUAAGCUUGGAAAAUGAAGAAGAUAUGCAAAGGGAGAAUCUUUUUCAUGCUAGGUGUAGGGUAAAGGGGAAGGUUUGUUCAUUGAUUGUGGAUGGAGGAAGUUGUGCUAAUGUUGCUAGCCAAACUUUGGUUGAGCAAUUGAAACUGCCUACAUUGAAACAUUCCCGACCCUACCGGUUACAAUGGCUCAAUGAGUGUGGUGAAUUGCGAGUUACAAAGCAGGUUUUGGUUAAGUUCAAGAUAGGAUCUUACCAAGAUGAGGUAAAAUGUGAUGUGGUACCAAUGCAGGCAUGCCAUUUACUUUUGGGAAGGCCAUGGCAAUAUGACAGAGCUGUGAUUCAUGAUGGCCGAGCCAACACAUAUAAAGUUCAAAGUGAAGGUAAGAGUCUCAUACUCAAGCCUUUGUCACCAAAGCAAGUGAUAGAAGAUUAUCGUCGGAUGAAGGAGUUGAAGGAAGCGGCUAAAGGUAAGGCUAGUAUUGUGACCAAUCCUAAGUCCACAUCACCACUGCUGGGUAACGAAAAGGUAUGUGCAAUCAUGCAACCGGGAGAGUACUUUAAAGGUAACGAUGAAAACAAAAUGAUGAUUUGCCUAGUGCUUAAAGGUAUUCUCUUGAGUGAUAGUGAUGAUUUGUUUAAUGCUAAUCAAUUUUCAAGUUUUGUUGAGAAUCUUUUGCAAGAUUUUGUGGAUGUAUUUCCCGAGGAGAUGCCAAGUGGACUGCCUCCCUUGAGAGGAAUUGAGCAUCAAAUAGAUUUUGUGCCCGGAUCCCAAAUUCUGAACAAACCAGCCUAUAGGUGUAAUCCGGAAGACACCAAGGAACUCCAAAGGCAGGUUGAUGAGCUCUUAAGCAAGGGGUUGGUGCGGAACAGUUUAAGUUCGUGCGCCGUUCCGGUCAUACUUGUGCCAAAGAAAGACGGAACAUGGAGAAUGUGCGUCGAUUGUAGAGCCAUCAACAAGAUCACGGUAAAGUAUCAUCAUCCUAUUCCUAGGUUAGAAUACAUGUUAGAUGAGUUAAGUGGUUCUUGUUGGUUUUAUAAAAUUGAUCUUAGGUCCGGCUACCAUCAAAUCUGGAUGAAACCGGGUGAUGAAUGGAAGACCUCAUUCAAGACCAAGUUUGGUCUCUAUGAAUGGCAAGUCUUUGAGGUUUUGAGAAAAGAGAAAUUGUAUGCUAAUUUGAAAAAGUGUGCCUUUUGUGUUGAACGUGUUGUUUUUCUUGGUUUUGUUGUGAGUGCUAGUGGCAUUGAAGCCGAUGAGUCAGAAGUAGAAGCUAUUAGGGAUUGGCCUACCUCGUCUAGUGUUACUCAAGUGAGAAGUUUUCAUGGGUUGGCUAGUUUUUAUAGGAGGUUUGUGAAAGAUUUUAGCACCAUAGCAGCGCCUUUGACUGAGUUGAUAAAGAAAGAACAACCGUUUGUUUGGGAAGAGUCCCAAGAGAGAGCAUUUAAGGAGUUGAAACAUAGGCUUAGUUCUGCCCCAUUGUUACAACUACCCCACUUUAGUAAGACCUUUGAGAUUGAGUGUGAUGCUUCAGGGGUCGGGAUAGAUGGAGUACUAAUGCAAGAGGGGAAGCCUAUAGCUUAUUUCAGUGAGAAACUUAAGGGGGCAGCUUUGAACUAUUCGACAUAUGAUAAAGAGUUGUUCGCCUUAGUGAGAGCUUUAGCCUAUUGGCAGCAUUACUUGUGGCCGAAAGAGUUUGUGAUUAGAAGUGACCAUGAGUCUUUGAAACAUCUUAGAGGCCAAGAGAAGCUGAAUAAGAGACACGCUAAGUGGGUUGAGUUCAUGGAGAGUUUUCCCUAUGUGAUUCAUUACAAGAGAGGCAAAGAGAAUGUAAUGGCCGAUGCCUUAUCUAGAAAGUUUUCCCUAGCUACCACUUUGACUUCUAGACUUCUAGGAUUUGAGAGCAUAAAGUCUAUGUAUGAGCACGAUCAUAAAUUUAAGAGCAUUCGUGAGGAUCUAGUGAGUCGGGAGCAGGUAGAGAAAUAUCAGUGGCAUGAUGACUAUCAUUUUAAGAAUGGGAGGGUGUGCAUACCCAUGUCCUCGUGGAGGGAGUUACUGAUUCGUGAGACACAUUGUAGAGGUUUGAUGGGUCAUUUUGGGGUGGAUAAGACCUUAGGUAUUAUUGAGGAACAGUUGUUUUGGCCUAAGAUGAGGCGAGAUGUGAUGCAAUUUUGUGGUGCUUGUUUGGAAUGUAAGCGAGCUAAGUCUAGGUCCAGUCCCCAUGGUUUGUAUACCUUUUUACCAGUUCCUACUAGCCCGUGGACUGAUAUAUCUAUGGAUUUUGUUAGGGGUUUACCUCGUUCUAGGGCUGGUCAUGAUAGUAUCUAUAUGGCGAGAACACGCGCUGCAGCUGCUAGAGGUAGAGGUGUAGCUAGAGGAACUGGCAGAGGGUCGGCCCCAGCUGGGGGCGGCGUCCAAAUGGUUUACCCCGUGCCUCCAGUGGUUCCUAACGAGACAGCGGGAGAUGCAGCCGCACCAGCCCAUCCCGCAGCAGUACCAGUUCCACCAGGAGCUGCAGCUACUCAGGGUAUACCAGACGCUAUGGCACAGGUGCUGAAUUGGUUGCAUGGGUUAGCACAGGUCGGAGCUAUACCAGCAGGUAGGGGUAGCAGCCCAGGUCCGAACAGAGCGCAACCUCCGAGGGUUCAGAAUGCAGCAGCAGUGGCACCUCGCUUGGAGAAAGUUUCAAGUUUUGAGGCCUUCCCGAGGCCAGUUAUGACUGGCGAGGAACAUGAUCUAUUUUGGAGGCUUCAGUUAUCGACUUUUCAGCUUGUGGCUACUAGGGUUUCAUUUCUGGAGAUAGUGGAGCAUGUCCGUAUUAUUGAGGGUAUUAGGCAGGAGAGUCAUGCAAAGCAGGUAGAGAAGAAGGCCCGUAGGUGUGGAAUGUUCAGCAACUCCUUCUCAAGGGGUCAGAGUUCACAGGUAUACUUAGGGCGUCCGGUUCCGUCCGCGACGCAAGUGUCGGCUGGUGACCCAUCAGGGGUAAAUUAUCAAGCUUCCGGUCAGCAUGGAGGCUAUACUGCCUCAUCAGAUUUUGUUCAGCGGCCUACGCUGGACCGUGCUUGCUUCGAGUGUUGUGAGAUGGGGCAUAUCAAGAGGUAUUGCCCCAGACUUAGACAGAAUGGGCAGAGUACCCAGUAUUAG